AUGUUGUUUCUUAAUACCCUUGUAGCUCUUGCAGCUACAGUCCUGAGCGCUAGCGCCGCUUCACUCGAGAAACGAGUUCACAAUGGCCAUUGGGUUAAUACCUGGGCUUCUAUGCCGCAAUUGACAGAACCUGGAAACCUUCCUCCAGCCCCAUACAACGGAACAGCAGGGGUCUUUGUCAACGCCACAAUCCGCCAAACUCUUUUCAUGUCCCUCGGCGCCGAACAAAUCCGUAUUCGCAUUUCCAAUGCCUUCGGCGUAAACGACCUCCCGAUUACUGCGGUCACGGUUGCGCUCCCAGUCAAUAAUACUGCAGGAAUUUCCGAAAUUCAAACCAAAACUUUGAAACAGGUCACCUUCAGUGGUAGUUCCUCUAUCAUUGUUCCGAAUGGCGGUCUCGUUGUAUCAGACCCCAUUGAUUUCAAGUUCGACGUUCUCCAAAACAUUGCUGUGACUAUCUAUCUCGAGAAGGGUCAAGCUGGGUUUGCGGUCACUUCACACCCAGGAUCCAGAACCACUUCUUGGAUCACAUCUGGGAACCAGGUCAAUGCGCCAAGCUUCAAUGCUCCAGAUGCUGCUAAUACAGCCCAUUGGUACUUCCUCAGUGCAGUUGAGGGAUGGGUUAAUGGAGGAAAGGGUGCUUUCGUCAUUGUCGGAGAUAGCAUUACGGAUGGCAGAGGUAGCACAACUAACGGUAACAACAGAUGGCCCGAUCUUCUGUUGAGAAACAUGCAGAAGAAGCACUUUACCCGCCAAAUUUCUGUUAUCAAUCAAGCAGCUGGUGGUAACCGAAUCCUCAACGACGGACUUGGACCAAACGCUCAAGGGAGAAUCGAACGUGACGUUCUAGCCCAGCCCGGUACAAAAUACGUCAUGAUUUUCGAAGGUGUCAACGAUAUCGGAACCGCACCGGCCACAAAGGAGGCUCAAGAAGUUGUAUACCAACGCCUUGUUCUCGCCUUCCAACAGAUUGCAACCAGAGUUCAUGCCUUUAAACUGCCAAUCUUCGCGGCAACAAUUACACCAUUCGGCUCCCCUAACCCAAGCCUGCAGCCUUAUUCGGCACCGGAAAGGGAGAAUACUAGACUAAGGAUCAAUGAUUGGAUUAGGAAGUCGAAGGGGAAGGUUUUUGAUGCCGUUAUCGACUUUGAUGCCUUCCUUAGGGACCCUAAGAACGCGACUCAAUUGAACCCACCGUAUGAUAGUGGGGAUCAAUUACAUCCUAGUUUGGCAGGGUACCAAUAUAUCGCGGACAAGUUUCCAUUGGAUUUGUUUGACAAGUUCGAGAAGGGCGUUAAUGGUUUUAAUUAA